UUGGAAAAACUACGGGAAGAAUUGAGAAAAUUAAAUCAACAGUCCGCAAAAAGUCGUCUUGAAUGUCCUAAGUUCCAAGCAAUAAACAAGGAAAUCAGAAAUUGUGCAAAAUGUAUCGAUAAAAAAUCCAAAAAAGCCGUCAAAAGCAUUCCGGCUCAUCUGCAAAAAGUAUUUUUAAUUAAUAAGCGGAUCAAGUCGGAGAUUUAUUUGUUGGCCGAAGAAACCGCUAAAAUAUUGGAAGUAAGCCGAGAAGAUGAUAAAACUAUUACUUAUCAAAUACAAGAGACGGGCGAGAAAAGGACUAUCCAGUUGACUAACGGAGAGACUGACCCCGACCAAGGAAAAAUUUCCCGAAUUAGUCCGUUAGGAAUGGCUCUCAGUAAUAAAAACUUGGGCGAAAUAGCCGAACAAAAUUACAUUAUUAAAGUUGAAAAUCUAACCAAGCAUUAUCAAAAUAAAAAGGUUCUCGGUCCGAUUAAUUUUAACAUUAAAAAAGGAGAAAAAGUGGCGAUAAUUGGAGCCAAUGGUUCGGGCAAGACUACUUUGUGUGAAAUAAUUGCUAACCUUAAAAAUCCCACUCAUGGGAAAAUAAAAUAUGGCUUUCCUUCGCAGAAAUUAGGAAAUUGGUUGAGUAUCAAUUUUCAAGAACAAAAUUACCCGAGUACUUUAAUUGUUCAAGAUUUAAUUAAUUUUUACCAUGAGGUCUACAAAUCCAAUCAAAAGCAAUCAGAGUUAUGA